AUGGCCGACCACCUGCAGGACCAGGUCCAGCGCCACUCGCUGUCGGACCCCGAGUCCUUCUGGACGCACCAGGCCGACCAGCUUUACUGGCACCGUAAGCCCGACGUGGCCCUGAAGCACACGACCAAGACGCUCAAGGGACUGGCCGAAGAGGCGGGCAAGAGCCGCGACGUGACGCACGACCACUGGGAGUGGUUCCCGGGCGGCCAGAUCUCGACAUGCUACAACUGCGUCGACCGCCACGUGCUCGAGGGCCGUGGCGAGGAGCCGGCCAUCCUGUAUGACAGCCCCGUCACCAACACCAAGCAGCGCAUCACCUACAGCGAGUUGCUGGCCGAAGUCGAGACCAUGGCGGCCGUGCUGCGCGAGCACGGCGUCAAGAAGGGCGACGUUGUCCUGGUGUACAUGCCCAUGGUCCCGGCAGCGCUCAUUGGCAUCCUGGCCGUCAACCGCCUGGGCGCCAUCCACACCGUCGUCUUUGGCGGCUUUGCGGCCGCGCCUCUGGCCCAGCGCAUCGAGGACUCGCGCCCCGUCGCCGUGCUGACUGCCUCGUGCGGCAUCGACGGCAACAAACCCCCCAUUGCCUACCGGCCCUUUGUCGAGGCCGCCGUCGCCCUGUCGGCCUGGAAGCCGCCGCACGUCAUCGUAUGGCAGCGCGAUGCCCUGCGGUGGGACUGGACCAAGAACACACCGACUACGGACAAGAUUGCCAGCACAACCAAGGCGCACUGCUGGCGCACGCUGGCCAACGACGCCAGCGCACGCAGCGCCAAGGCCGCGUGUGUGCCCGUCGCCUCCACGGACGGCGUGUACAUUAUCUACACGAGCGGCACCACGGGCAAGCCCAAGGGCGUGUUCCGGGAGGCGGGCGGCCACGCCGUCGGUCUGCACCUGAUGAUUUCGUACUUGUUCAACAUCCACGGCCCGGGCGACGUCAUGGGCUGCUUCUCGGACAUUGGCUGGGUCGUCUCGCACAGCUACACGCUCUAUGGCCCGCUGCUGACGGGCGCCGCCACCGUUUUGUACGAAGGCAAGCCCGUCGGUACGCCCGACGCCUCGGCCUUUUGGCGCAUCGUCGAGGAGUACGGCGUGUCCACCAUGUUCACCGCCCCCACGGCGCUGCGCGCCAUUCGCAAGGACGACCCGGACAACACGCACCUGACGGCCGUCGGCAAGCGCGGCGGCCUGCGCACGCUGCGCGCCCUGUUCCUGGCCGGCGAGCGGUCGGAGCCCGCCAUUGUCACCAUGUACCAGCAGCUGCUCGCGGCAUACGGCGCCCCGGGCGCCAACGUCGUCGACAACUGGUGGUCCUCCGAGUCUGGCUCGCCCAUCUCGGGCAUUGCCCUGGGCGCCCACGCGGGACAAGACCGCCGCGCCGCCCCCGACGCCCACAGGGCCUCCAAGCACGCACCCGCCGCGCCGCUGCCCAUCAAGCCCGGCAGCGCCGGCAAGGCCAUGCCCGGCUUCGACGUUCGCGUUGUCGACGAUGGCGGUCAAGAGCUGCCCGCCGGCACCAUGGGCAACAUUGUUUUGCGCAUGCCGCUGGCGCCCACGGCGCUGCGCACGCUCUGGGCGGACGAAGCGCGCUUCUACAAGGGGUACCUGCGGCGCUUCGACGGCCGCUGGCUCGACACGGGCGACGCGGGUGUCCUUGAUGCCGACGGCUACAUUCACAUCAUGGCCCGCUCGGACGACAUUAUCAAUGUCGCCGCCCACCGCCUGAGCACCGGCAGUCUCGAGCAGGCCAUUACAGGGCACCCAAUGGUGACCGAGGCCUGCGUCGUGAGCAUCCCCGACGCGUUGAAGGGCCACAUGCCGUUUGCCUUUAUCAACACCACGCGCGCGGCGGGCCAGUCAAACGACAAGACGGCCGCCUCCGACGCGGCCCUCUUCAACGAAAUCAAUGACCGUGUGCGCGAGCAGGUCGGUGGCAUUGCCUCGCUUGGUGGCCUGAUUGAGGGCAACGGCAUGAUCCCCCGCACCCGCUCCGGCAAAACGCUGCGUCGUGUCCUGCGCGAGUUGCUGGAGAACGCCGUCCACGGCGACUUUGACGCCCCCGUCAAUGUGCCCUCCACCGUCGAGGACGCCAGUGUUGUCGACGUUGCUCGCGAGCGCAUUCGCACCUACUUCCGCGAUCACGCAGGCGGCAAGCACGCCGCCAUUGAGUCGCGGGCGAAGCUGUGA